AUAUCAGGUUAUGUGAAUACACCGGUGCUAUACUUUAAUUAAACAGCGUUUCAGCAGCGAAAAGAAAAUAAGCGCAACUGAGCCCUAACGAUUACACCAACAAACAAUGUAAACAUGGAUCGCAGCGGUGUGGCGGCUAUUAUUGGAAAGUUACGUCAUGGUGCUGCACAAGAACACGGUGAUCGCGGAGCUGAUGGUCCCUCCUUCCACCACAUGGACCGGAACCACGCAGCAGCAGCAGCAGCAGCAGCACCACGUGACCCGGGAGCCCUGGACCGACCGAGCGCCUCACACCGCAUCAUGGCUGCGGAGGAUGCGGCUGCGCGGCGCCGAGCGGGAGCUCUCCUCUCCCCCGGGGCUCCGCUCUCUCCCUCCCGCAUGCUGCUGUUCUGCCUCGGCGCCUGCUCGCUGCUCCCCGCCCCGGGGCUCGGCUUGCUCGGCUUUCGGCCGGAGGAGACCGGGGCGGAGCUGUCCGUGGCGGACGGGGUGCUGAAAGCCACCGAGGGAACUCGCUUCAUGCUGCGGGUUUACUACUCCACCUCCCCGCAGAGGCUCAACCGCACCGCGGGCACCCGUGCCAACAAUGCCGCGCCCUGGAUCGCCUUCAUCGAGGAGCCGACUCCCGGGCGAGAGGGACAAGUUCACCCCAAGCGGAAUAUGUGCAUGGACAAAACCGCCAGGACGUCCGACAUCGAGGUUUUGGGCUCUUUCAAGUCCGCUUCCAGUCAGAACUCGGUGCUGGUCGAGCUGCUGGCUAAAGACCUGCGCAGGGGGGAGAAGAUCAAAUACUACUCCAUGUGCGCCUUCGACGGAUCUAAGUGGGAACACUACCGAACGAGGGAUUUCUGGGUGGCCGUGAGCGAGCGCUCCGCUGUGCCGGAGCUCUGGCUGCAAGUGCUGGUCUCGGUCCUCCUGCUCGGGCUGUCAGCUCUGUUCAGCGGGCUGAACUUGAGCCUGCUGGCGCUGGAUCCGGUGGAGCUCCAGGUCAUCCAAAACAGCGGCACGGACGCGGAGCAGAAUUACGCGCGGAAAAUCGAGUCCGUGCGCCGGCACGGCAACUACGUUCUGUGCACUUUACUGUUGGGGAACGCGAUCAUCAACGCCUCGCUGGCCGUGUGGAUGUGCCAGAUCCUGGGCAUGACCUGGCUCUCCACGGUCAUCUGCGCCUUCGGCAUCUUCUUCAUUGGGGAGAUCCUCCCACACUCGGUGGCAUCUCGCCACGGCCUGGCCAUCGCUUCCAAAACCAUCUGGGUGACGCGGCUGCUGAUGGUGCUCUCCUUCCCCAUCUCCUACCCCAUCAGCAAACUGCUGGACCUCAUCCUCAACCAGGAGAUCUCCAACUUCUACACCAGAGAGAAACUCCUGGAGAUGCUGCGAGUCACCGACCCGUACCACGACCUGGUCAAGGAGGAGCUCAACAUCAUCCAAGGGGCGCUGGAGCUGCGCACCAAAACCGUGGAGGACGUCCUGACGCCGCUCACCGACUGCUUCAUGCUGGCCUCGGACGCGGUGCUGGACUUCAACACCAUGUCGGAGAUCAUGCAGAGCGGAUACACGAGGAUACCGGUGUUCGAGAACGAGAGGUCCAACAUCGUGGACAUCCUGUUCGUCAAGGACCUGGCGUUCGUGGACCCGGACGACUGCACCUCCCUGAAGACCAUCACCCAGUUCUAUAAGCACCCGCUGCACUGCGUCUUCCACGACACCAAGCUGGACGCGAUGCUGGAGGAGUUCAAGAAAGGGAAGUCCCACCUCGCCAUCGUGCAGCGCGUGAACAACGAGGGUGAGGGCGACCCUUUCUACGAGGUGAUGGGCAUCGUCACCCUCGAGGACGUCAUAGAGGAAAUCAUCAAGUCGGAGAUCCUGGAUGAGACGGACCUCUACACUGACAAUCGUACGAAGCGCCGGGUUUCUCACCACGAGCGGAAGCAGCAGGACUUCUCCAUCUUCAAACUGUCGGAGAACGAGAUGAAAGUGAAGAUUUCUCCGCAGCUCCUCCUGGCGACGCACCGCUUCCUCUCCACAGAGGUGGAGCCCUUCAAACCAGCUCACAUCUCUGAGAAGAUCUUGCUGAGGCUGAUCAAACAUCCCAGCGUGGUCCAGGAACUGAAGUUUGAUGAGAAGAACAAGAGGGCGUCGCAGCACUUCCUCUUCCAACGCAACAAGCCGGUGGACUAUUUCAUCCUGGUGCUGCAGGGUCGAGUUGAGGUGGAAUUCGGUAAGGAGGCGCUGAAGUUUGAGAAUGGAGCGUUUUCUUAUUUUGGAGUACCUGCCAUCAUGCCAACAGUCCACAGAUCCCCCUCUCGCAGCAGUGGUUUGGACCACUCAGAGUCUAUGCUGUACGGAGGAAGCAUGAGCCAGCUGAACGGAGGGGGGAACGUCUACCUACCGGACUACUCUGUCAGACAGCUCACACACCUGCAGAUCAUUAAGAUCACCCGGAGCCACUACCAGAACGCAGUGACGGCCACCAGGAUGGACACCUCCCCUCAGACUCCCGACGCUGACACUCGUCUGACAGAAGGCAACAGCCCGACCCCGGAGCCUCCGGCCACGGACCACGCAGCCACUCUGAUGCCUCCGGAGCACACCACCACCACCACCACCACCACCACCACAAACACAACCGCCACCACCACCACCACGCUCAUGCCCCCGCCCCGAGGGCCCAGCCGACCCAGUUCGGCCCGAGCUCGAGGGCAGCAGUCCAGCGUCCCGCCCAGCACCUCGCUGCUGAACGAGAGGAACCGGAUAGUCCGGAGUAAGUCAGACGGCCAGAAGAGUCCCAGUGAUUCAGUGUUUCUGAGGAUGGAUGAGAUCCCGUACAUCAGGGAGGACAGAUCUGAGACUGACGCUCACUCUGACAUGGCCUCUGUUCCCAUGGAAACGGACACGUCCCCUUUCAUCAGUAGUCUGUCGCUGAGCGGUUCAGAGGACACACUGGGCAAGAAGCUGCUGCUCAAACUCAGCCACAAGAAGAGGAAAAAAUCCCGCGAGGGCGACAAGACGCCGGAGGACAUUUCAGAGCAGCCGCUGGUGAAAACCUAGCGACGCCGCGGAGUGGACACGGACACGGACACGGACGCUCCAUCACCUGAUGGUCCUUUAAGCUGUUUGUAAAAGACGACGUGGCUGCUGAACUGCAGCUCUCAGAGUUUUAUCUGAAAACACUUCUCCACACGCCCACGUGGAGAACCGGGACACGUGGGUGGAAGACGCCGUUUUUAUCUUAGGACAGAGGCGAUCGCGCAUUAACACAACCUCUCCAAGCUUCUUUCUCUCCGAUGCUUUUCCUCCUUGGCUUUUCGAUUCAGCUCGGCCGCACACGCACAUUUUUCUGCGCUGACGUUUGCACAUUUAAACGGACGGGAUCUCUUCUCGGUGGAACCGAAGGGGACGACUCGCGGGAAAAACAGAGGGGAGACACCAAAGACGCUGCUGCUUUGUACACGCCGCUGCAGAGUGCACAGGGGGGGGAGCAGACGUGCGGCCAUUUGCGUUGAGGUUUGUCGAGCUAAGCCUGUCGUAGUCUGCACCGUAACAGCGCUUCACUAUUUUUUAUGUCUGAUGUUCAGGUGAGUUUCAGGUCGGUAGAGACUCUUUUCUUGUAUCUAACAUGUGAACACAUUCAUGUCCAGAGCCCUCACACACAAUCACCACGUCUGGGAUCAAACUGAGUUAUUUAUACGGUGGUUAUGAGCCGAGUCGGAGUCUUUCAGCCUGAUGAGGAGCCGUCCGCCUCCUGCUUUUGUGUUUCCGUGCUGAGGAUCUAGAAACUACGGACCAGACGCGUUAAACGACUCAUUUACACGUUCGCUGAGGUCGUCACCACUCGCGUGGUUUGACUCAGCGUUUAGCUCAGACGUUACACUGGGCGUUGGAUAUUAUACUGUAUAUUAACGAUGGAUUUCAAGAAUAAGUGGUGACGAACGCACGUACACACGAUCAGCCACAAGAUUAAAACCAGCGACGGGGGUCAGUGAAUGACAUUUAAAACGGUCUUUUGGCAGUUCAGGAAACUUUUGGACCUGACAUUCAUUAACUUAGACAUGUAGCCCCCACCCACCUAAACCAGACCAGACCAGACCAGACACCCCCACCCCAUAGCAGCGACGCUCCUGACACAGACACACAAAAACACUUUGGGAACAACUAAAAUCAAGACUGCACAAGGCGUUGACCUGGCCUCCACAUUCACUAGAUCCCAUAGCUUAGCUUAGCUUAGCUUAGCUUAGCCUAGCAUGAAGUCAGGUGAACAGAGCACGCCCCGGCGCUAACGUCCGAGCUCGUAGCAUCAAGCCAGAGGCCGGUUUGUCUGUGCUAACCUUUACUAACAUGAGCGGUUUCCAUCUUUGCAUGUGACUCUUGGACAUAGAGUUUAGAUCCCAAAAUGAUCCUGUGUUUUUUUUUGUUUGUUUUUUUUUUGUGGCCGUGUGAACAUCUCUGUAGAUUCCUCAGAGGUUCCUCCGACGACCACAUGACUCUGGUGUCAAAAAACAAAACAAAAGAGGCUGAAACAGCUGCUACUACGAUACUUUUUUGUUUAACUUACUCAAGGCGUGCUGGUAAAAUAUUAGCUGGCUUUAAUAUGUAUCCAGGAGUCUCUCAUCUGCUUCCCCCCUGUAUUGUUUGAAUAGUAUUUUACAGCUCAUAAAAUAAUUCACAUACCUGUUGCUGUCUUUGGUUGAGACGUGCGUCAGACUGCGGCUCAGAUGUGAAUGGUAAAAAACAAACAAACACACAUUUGAGCUGAACAUAGAUUCAAGAAAUCUCUUCCUGUUCCAGGAGCCGAGUCUUUUCUUAACGCAGAACCGUGUCUCUGUUCACUUACAGGGACAUUUACUGACGCGCUAUAAUAUCAGGCUGAUUAAUUCAGCCGCUUUUCAGGCUCCACUCGCUUAUACACCAACAUCUACGGAGCCGGUCACAGGCUGAUUUCACAUGGUCUCAUUUUAAUUUAUGUUUUUAAUCAGAUUUCUAGAAAAUAAAUAAAUAACUGAGUUAAUCUGCACAGAGUUUGAGUUGGAGAACGGAGUCGCUGAAUGUUUCCCGCAACGUGUUUGCACAUGUUGUUCGCCUCUCGGCUGCAUGUGGAGCUGAACGUGAUGCUGAAGGUUAUUUCUGAGGCUGCGGCGUCGUGUGAAUGUAAAUCGGGUCUUUGCCCGACAAAGUACGAGACUGUUCAGUUUAACAGGACGAAACGAUGUGGACACAGCUGCAUUUGGUUUUUUGCUCUUUUUGUUUUUUGUAUAUGAGAGCAGCGCUGAAACCUAACCGGACCCCUGAUGUCCACCGGCGUGUGCAGGACGUCCAGACGCAGCAGAGACGUCCCUGUGCUCCAGGUGUCUCUGUCCGCAGGGCGCCGAGGGGACGGAGGGGGGACGGGGGGGGGGGGACGUACGGGCGCGGCUCCGUCUCUCUCCGAGUUUGCAGGAUCAGAUUUGUGCCUCUGCGGCAAAGCGGAGCGAGAGGAGGAGGAGGAGGAGGAAAGUAGGGAUUCAGGGAAAUAAAGGCACUUAGACGUCUUGAGUUUCAUGUGUGAUUGUAAAACUGAGACGAGGUUAUUAAAUAAAAGCCAGACAAAAUGUAAUUCCGUUUCCUCGCGUCAUCGUCUGCAUUGAGGAGCAGGGUUUGCUCGUGUUUGUCGUCAUUGUUUUUGUUUUAUGGGUUUAUUAGAGAGAAGAGACGAGACGAGCUUCAGCUUUGAAUCGGUGACAAACGCUGGUCGUCGACGGCCUUUUGCCAUCGAUCAGUCAGAGAACGAGAGGAUGACAAAGUGGGAGGGGCCCUUUUUCAGCUCUGCCCAUUGGCUGAUGGAAGAGGCAGCCUCCCCCCCCCGUUCUCCCCCCGUUCUCCCUCCGUCCUUCCUGGGUGCAAUACAUCAAACCUGCUGAGUCACUUUGGUGCAUCGGAGCACCGACCAAUCAGCUCCGUCCUCUGAGGUCAAAGCAGACAGUGAUGGAUUCUGCUGCAGGACGGUGUCCGCUAGUUCAGUCUGUUUGUCUCUUCUUUUCUUUUUGUUUCGUUCUGCAUCACCUCUGCUUCCAGGAGCCGGUAGAACGUCUGACACAAAGUCCCACGAUGUAGUGAGCUUCAACACUCUACUGUCCUCAUUUACGUUCACAGUCUGUUCGUAGGUUCAUCUGAAAGACGAAGUAUUUUAGUUGACGCUGACACUACUGAAAAA